CGCCGCCACAAGGAGAACAUCUCCGAUGAGGACAGCCUGUCUGGGGACGCCAGCGACCUGAAGAUGUCCGCGUCCCAGAUCAAGAGGAAGAAACGCCGGCACAGGACUGUAUUCACGGCUCACCAGCUGGAGGAGCUGGAGAAGGCUUUCAAUGAAGCGCACUACCCCGACGUCUAUGCCCGGGAGAUGCUGGCCGUGAAGACGGAGCUGCCGGAGGACAGGAUACAGAACCGAAGAGCCAAGUGGCGGAAGCGGGAGAAGUGCUGGGGCCGGAGCAGCGUGAUGGCCGAGUACGGCCUCUACGGGGCCAUGGUGAGGCACUCCAUCCCCCUGCCCGAGUCCAUCCUCAACUCCGCCAAGAGCGGGCUGGUGGGAUCCUGCGCCCCGUGGCUGCUGGGUAUGCACAAAAAGUCCAUGGAGGUAAGCAGGAAGGCAGAGAGCCGAGAGAAGCUGGCAGAUGGCUGGCGAAUGGAGCAGGAGGAGGAGGAACUCAAAGGGACUCAGGCCCGUUCCCAGAGGGGCUCCGACAAGCUUGGGCCUGCAAAAGACUCGGAGGACACAGCCAUCGACCUCUCCAGGACGGCCAAGCACGAGAAGAGGGGUGUGCUGAGGCAGUGCAUCAACGGGGACCCCCCCACAGAGCAGAACGACAGGGACCACUGAGCUCGGGCUGCCCUGGAGGGGG